AUGGGCCUGGGAAGCAUCGUGUACUUCACCGCAGGCGGCGUGUUCACAGGCGUGUAUGCCAACGCCGUUCGCAGACGCCCUGUGCUCGCCAGUCCUGGCAUGCUUGCUGCGUGCACUGUGUCUGGCCUCGCGCUGGGUUACGCCUUCCACAGAUGUGCCUCUGACCGUGACAUGGAGGCGUUCAAGCUCACCCAUACUCUCAUGAUGUUUAGAUACGAGGAGACACGGACAGAGAAGACGUUCAACAUGGCCGAGCUCAGGGACAUCAAGCCCCAUGGCAACUAA